ACAACUUGCCGAAGGCACCCCAAACUCUUUGGAAGGAGAAGAAUCCCGAAGCAAAGCCGCCGCUAUGCACCGAAACCCUCGCCUCCUCCUCCGCGCCGCCGCCUCGCUCCUCCGCCCCGCCGCCGCACGAGCCCCGGCGCGCGCGACGCCGGCACCCGCUCCGGCGCUCGUAGCGCCGCGGCCCUUCUUCCCGGCCCACCGGCGGGCCUUCUCGACGGCGGACUACGGCAAGGAUGUGGACGAGGUGAACCGCAAGUUCGCGGAGGCGCGGGAAGAGAUCGAGGCCGCCAUGGACAGCAAGGAGACCGUGUACUUCGACGAGGAGGCCGCCUGCGCGCGCGACGCCGCCGGCGAGGCGCUCGCGGCCUUCGACGCGCUGCUCGAGCGGCUCCCGCCGGCGGACGCCGACUCGCUCCGCCGCUCCAUGGGGCUCAAGAUGGAGCAGCUCAAGGCCGAGCUCAACCAGCUCGACGAGUAAGGGGGGUGGGGGACGCUCCUCGAAGACCGAAUCCACGCGGAAGUCUUUCGAUUUUGGGGGGGAGUUCCUGACUUCUGAGCGAGGUUAGCUUUGGCCAUACUAUACUGUUCUUUGGAGAAUUUUAAGUCGUUUUAUUGGUGAAUAAAAUUUAGCUCAAAAUCUAAUUCAAAUUUGUUCAUCCAACAUGAGAUUCGGAGCUAAUUUUUUCAUGUUAGCCUUGUAACCUGGCAAAAUUGGCCCCCUUACUGAUUUGUGCUGCAAAGUUAUAAAUCUUGGCGCCAUGCCAACUUGGAUUAUCUCAUUGUGUUUGUUGGUGGAUCAAUAAAUUGAGAAAAUGCUGAUGCAAUGGGCUCUUCUGAUGAACAAGCAGAGAAAGAUUACCAUUUCC